CACUGUUGUCCGAAUAGACUACUAGAUAGUGCUAUAUCUUGCUGUAAUGGAUUACAAUUUCACUGCUACUGGUAGUAUCAAUGGUCCUGUACUAGCUGCAGUAUUUGCUGUUGAAGCAGUGGUGGGUUUCAUUGCUAAUAUCAUUGUCCUCUCCAUCACAUUAUAUCAAAGAAAGUCCUUCAAGCAACCAUCAGCGAUAUUCUUCACUUCUCUCAUUUUAUCAGAUCUCUUGGCUGUAUUGAUAUACCUUCCCAUGACCACAGUUUCCACAGGAGCUGAAGAAUGGAUAUUUGGAAGCACCUUUGAACAGAGAAGAGCAACUUGUGUGUUCUCUGGAAUUAUUUUUUGGUUCAUUCUUUAUGUCACUACAGGAGUACUAGCUGCUAUAUCAUUUGAUAAGUGCCUCUUCAUCGUUAAACCAUAUUUCUACAAGGGGUUCAUUAAGCCAUGGGUAGCACUGGCAAUCACAGUUGCUCUAUGGAUAAUCAUUGGCCUCAUGUUCACGCUGCCAUUAAUUAACUUUGAAAAUUAUUAUUAUUAUGGAAUUUAUUUCGGGCCUUGUUAUGUUGGGUUUCUCAGAAAAAUCAUCUAUUCAAUAAUAUUUGGCCUAUGGCUUAUCUUCAUCAUUACGAUUAUAGUCACAUCAGUUUGGACAUUUUGUUUCACUCGCCGGUUUAUAAACAAUCAGUCAGCAAUAGGAGGAGAAAAUGCCUAUAACUCACGAAAGAUGAAGCUGUUUGGAAUAUUUGGAUCGAUGCUUCUUGCCUAUACAUUGUGUUAUGCCCCAGCUGUUAUCAUUGGCUUUAUUAGCUUUGGAUUUGCUUUACCUUAUGAGGUUUUUGCCACUACUACAGUUGCACUUCACUUUGCUCCAAUAGUAUCUCCAAUGAUUCAAGCAUAUUUCAGACCAGAAAUAACAAAAUCUCUUGUAUCAUUCAAAAAUGCUCUCUGUGAAAAAUUAAGAUGCUCACAUUCAAAUUAACUUCAGGACUUUCCACUGACUGUCCUAUUUUCUUCUUAGUAUUAUAGUUAGCACUUAGCAGUAUCAUUUUUGUAGUGUUGAUUUCCUUGUUAUUAAUUUCAAUAAAUUUGAUAAAUAAAACAA